AGUAGAUCUAUGUUCUCCAAAUCCUUGUCAAAAUAAUGGUUUUUGUCAACCGAGUGGGACAUCAUUCUCGUGUACCUGUCAAGGUGGAUACACCGGUAGUACAUGUCAAACAAUUGCUAACCCAUGUUUACCAAAUCCUUGUAAAAAUAAUGGUUUUUGUCAACCGAGUGGUACAUCAUUCUUGUGUACCUGUCAAGAUGGAUACGCUGGUACUACAUGUCAAACAAUUGCUAAUCCAUGUUUACCAAAUCCUUGUAAAAAUAAUGGUUUUUGUCAACCGAGUGGUACAUCAUUCUUGUGUACCUGUCAAGCUGGAUACGCUGGUACUACAUGUCAAACAAUUGCUAACCCAUGUUUACCAAAUCCUUGUCAAAAUAAUGGAUUUUGUCAACCGAGUGGUACAUCAUUCCUGUGUACCUGUCAAGCUGGAUACACUGGUACUACAUGUCAAACAAUUGCUAACCCAUGUUUACCAAAUCCUUGUCAAAAUAAUGGUUUUUGUCAACCGAGUGGUACAUCAUUCUUGUGUACCUGUCAAGCUGGAUACACUGGUACUACAUGUCAAACAAUUGGUAA